AUGGGUACUGAAACCCGUUCGCUUACAGUCGUCAACCAAGGACCAGACCUGACUGCUCUGGCCCAGAACCACUAUAAUCUUCAAGUGGCAAAGAGUGUUGCAAAGGGCGAUAAGAUCAUCUUCAACAUCGUCUGGCAGUCCAAGGUUCUCGCCCCAAGAAUCAACGUCAAAUGGAAGCCCAUCUAUGGCCUUAACUGGACAAUGGAUAUCCCUUCCGACGGCCUCCAAGUCACUCUAGGAGGCUUGUGGAGGCAGUGCGACCUCGGCCAAGUCAUCGACCUCGACGAGACAGGCCAAUGGACCCAAUCUACCUCCCAACCUGUGAUCGACUUCCUUGCCAUCGGAAACAACAAGUUCAAAUCUGGCACCGUCACCAACGGCAUUCACAUCAUUGUCGGGGUUCAGAACUCGCCCGGCGCGUUCGACCCCAUCUUCGUCGAUCCCACCGAACUUGGGCCUAACAUGUCCGCGUCGUAUCAGCCACAGGAGCAGCUGCAGUGGUGGUAUGAGGAGGGCAUGAAGACGUCGACCAUGAUCAGCACGGCUGACACCACGAAGGAGGUUGGCGACUACUCAAAGCCGGAUCCGAAGUCGGGCCUGUUCUCGAAGACCUCUUCCUAUACAUUCAACACUGGCAAAUGGCUCACCGGCUCCCCAUAAUCCCGCACAGCUGUGGACAACUCAUGUUGCAGACUUUACCUGCAGGGGCUUGAGCGCAUGCGCUGAUCUGGGUGGGGUGUGCCAGAG